UCCACCCUCCCUCUGGCGUGCGUCACACACCCCCCCCUUUCCUGAUUCUUUCUCCUCCCGACGGCGUCACCUCUUCUCGCCGUUGAUUCACCGACGUCCAGCCACCUCAGGCCACGGCACCGGUCCCAUUAGAACGGCGUCGAGCUCCUCUACCCAUCCCACCUCAUUUCCCGGCAGGAAAACGCUAGGAUCAGCGGCUGUGUCGACUGGCAGUUCCGCCAGUUUUCCGGCGACGUUUCCGGCAAUUCCGGCGAAGUUUUGCUUCGAACCAGAGCAGCAGGAGACAAUCAAGAACUUGCGUCAUGUUCUUCUGGACUGACGGAGAGUUAAGGCUAAUAUUUGGCACGUGCCACGACGACUCACUUGUGUAAGAGGUCACUUCACGCUACAGCUUCUUCUUCUAUUCUUCACCCACCUCCCAACCCAACUAACUGUAACUCAAUGGCAACGGUGGACCCAACUGAACCCCCAACAGUAGAAACUUUAUGCCCAGAAACCCCUUCCUCUUUUUCUUCUUCUCCUCCGCUUUCUCCAAAAUCAGCAACCCCAUGUCCCCAAAACCCAACCCAAAGCCCCUCACCGUCAUCAGUACUAGCAACACCGCUGGCAAGGCUAUGGAGACCCACUGCACAGAGAAACCUGAGAAAUCAAUGGUCCAAAUUAGCUUCUUACAGACAACAAUGGGCAUCUUCUUCUUCUACUGCACGAUCACAUGCCACCGCUCUUGUAAACGCCUAUCUUUCUCUAAAAUACAUGCCUUCCAUGGAGUUGGGCGCCUUGAGGGAUAUUCCUAAUAUAAAAAAGAAAGCUUCUCAGAAAUUGUUUAAGCAGCAGGUGCUUCAUCAAGGCAAACUUUUAUCAUCAUAUAAACACAUGGUCUCAGUUGUAAUUCACAUGGUUAACAUUAGUAGAUCCAUGAAAUGCUUUCUCAAAGGCGCAAGCAGUAGCCCACUUGUACACUUUUCUGGCUAUUCCGAAGAUAAGAAUGAUCCUGGGGAUGGUGGUGGAAUUCCAGUCUUUAAAUUUUGGACGAUCUCUUGCUUCGAAGAAGUGGCAGAGGAGCUUGUCCAGAUGUUUAUAUUGGAGUUAAAUUUGAAGCGUUUGCUAGUGGUGGAGUUACUAUCCAUUAGUUGUAAAGUUCCACCUUUAAACAGUUUGCAUUGGUCAGAUGAGCUUUAUCCGGGAGAAUUUAGUGAUUUGAGUAUAUGUAACUUAUACUCUGAGGAAACUUGUAAGCCAGUCUAUCCAAGAUUGAAUGAUCAGAAAUCUGAAAUGCCAGCUGCACGAUUUAACCAGCAGCCAGAUCAUGAUGUUUUGCAGGUUUAUCUAACAACAUGGCUUGCAGAGGUGAACAUAGAUUCUGACAGGGUGGAUGAAAUAUUUGUGGAAGUUGGCGAAGAAAUGCAUGUUACGAUUUCAUGAGUUGCUGGCCUGUCUAGAAACAAAACAUUUGAAAUUUUGUCAAGGAGGUAUUUAGUUGAUACGCUGAAGAUUCGACUCUUUUGAAGCGUCCAUGUUAUUUGUAAAGAGGGAAAUGCUUGAAAAUGCCCAAAGGUCGAUUCUGCCAAAGUCCCCAAGC